GUUAUUUUAUAAUUUUAGAAUGCAAAAACCAGCUUGCUUCAGUUCUGAAAAUGAUGGUAUAUUCUGGCAAGAAAUUGAUAUACGUGUAGGAGCAGUUCUGGGUCACCACAUUUUAAGUGGAGAACUAUACGUCGUACACAGAAACCAGAAAUCAUAUUUAAAAUUUGAUAAUACUUAUAAAAAGUGGUUAGCUGUUACAAAUCAUGAAUUUGAAUUUAACAUCACCAGAAAUAUUAAUUGGACACGUUUGAAAACAUUAGAGGGAAACUACGACCAAGUUGUUUUGUUCGGAACAAACCAAUGGAUGGGUAACGCAAGCGGGCUAUAUAUUCAAAAAAUUGGUGAUAAGAUCUGGACUCAAAGAGCUAAAUGGAGUGUUUAAAUAAGUUCUCCAGUUUUCAAAGUAAUCCCUUAAAAAAUGUGUUUAUUAAUGAGUUUUAUUUUUUUUUUAUUGUUUUGGGAGUUACGGAUUUUAGACUACAACUAUUUUUAUUUUAGAGAAUUAUUAAAGAAAAUAUUUUUUAUUUAAUUUAGUUAAUAUGACCAAAAUGUC